UCUAUACUAAUUGUUCUAACCAACCUGAAGGUUCAGGGCUGAGAACUGCAAACAACAAUGGAACACAAGGGGUGCUGGUUACUGGCAAUUGUCCUUAUUUUAGGGCUCAGCAGCUUGGCUAAUGGAUACAUACAACUAUCUCAAGAGCAAUGUGCACAGCAGCCAUCUGCCCGAGUGAACUGUGGCUAUCCGUACAUCAGUGCUGAGACAUGCAACAACAGAGGGUGCUGUUUUGAUGACAGUAUCGUUGGUGUCAUCUGGUGCUUCUUUCCUAGGACAGAGGAAGAAUGUGUCCUCUAGAGUGAAUCUGUCUCUCUCCGCUGAAAUUCCUCAAGCAGGACAAGAACAGAAAGCUUUCCUUCUUACACUGUGAUCUCCAUUAAUUGCUACGCCAUUCAUGGCACUUGUACUUUUGCUUUUCAGUGAGAUGGCUCACCACUGCUGCCCACAAAUGUUUCAAUACUUUACUAUACAAAGCACAUGACUUAAAAAAUAAAAGCGGCAAACUAAAAGCUUUA